AAUAGAGGCGAUGGAUGGGAGCGAGCUGCUGAGCUGUGACAGUCUGACAAGCGGGAUGGAGGCGGACUACAGUCAAAACACUUUGGUUCAUCUUCUGCGACAGGAACAACAGCGAUCAACACGAGGGUUCCGGUUUCUGUCCUUGGUUCUUCUUCUGGUUUUAGCGGUUUUAACUCUGCUGACUGCGGCCAUGCUGAGAGGGAGAGCUCAUCCAGCGGACAGCCAGGAAAUGAUGCAGUCUUACAGCCAUUCAUCAGGAAUCACAGAUAAACAACAGCAACCUGAUUACUUUGAGACUCCAAGUGCCAUGCUCACAGCUCCUGAGGGCAACACCAACGACGGGGUUUAUCUCAAAUGGGAGAGCAGGCGUGGACAUGCUUACUGUCGUGGAGGAUUCAACUACUCCAGUGGGAGCCUGGUGGUGCCCCGAAGCGGCGUCUACAGAGUCUUUCUGCAGAUCACCUUUGAGAGUAGGAAUGUGGAGUGUCCCAGAGAUGGGGUGCUAAGGCUCAUUAACAUUGUGCAAUUGUCCCGAGACAACUACCCAAAAAAUCUGUCUCUCCUUUCAUCCGUCGACACUGUGGUUUGCAGCUUGGAAUCGUGGAGUAAAUCUGUCUACACAGCCGGCCUGUUUUCACUGGAAGCUAACUGGAAGCUGUUGGUGAAAUCCUCACAGCCUGAACUUAUCGCCCGGAGUGAAGAUCAGGUUUUCUUUGGAGCUGAACUUGUGUCUGUCAAGAUGACCUAGAUACAGUCAGAUAAAUCAGUAACCUGUAUGUGUGAGUUCCACCCUAGUUUAUGGUGUAAAGUCCCAGUCCAAGCUAAUCCUCCUGUAAAAACAUUGGCAACAUUUUUUACCAAGGACUUUAAACCUACUAAGAGCUAGGAGUAACAUUAAAGUUAUAAUUAUGUUUGGCAAGUUAUAACUCUGUCUCAAGUUGGAACUUUAGUUCUAACUAGGCUACGUUUAAGCUUACGUAGAGCUGGAGCAAACCAGGGCUGCCGUUUAAGGUUACAUGCACCUUUAACUCCAGGGAAGCUUAAAGGUGAGGGAAGUUUUCAUUUUAGUUAAACUACAAAAGUGAAAACUCACUGAAGAAAUCACAAGACAAAAGGGAUCUGCAUUACUGCAGGAAGCUUUAUUAUUUCCCCCUCCCAGAGAUAUGCUUCUGCCUUUACUGUGACUACAGCUGGGUCAGACUACACACCUUUUUGUCCUUUACAAUGACUCCAUACCAGACUCUGAACAAGAGUCCUGUCCUGUCUCAGCUAACAGACUGGCAGCACUACAGGUGUGACCCUGACCAUUUGUCUUUUGUUAACUUAUCUUCUGUUGUCAUUACUGUGUGCCAGUUGAUAGGUUGUUAGGGAGGCAGGUCAUGGAGAAUGUGAUAUUAGCAUUCCGACACUCUGAAAACAAACAAAAAAACAAAAAAAACCACAAGAAAGAAAAACCUAUUGUAAGCUCAUCCCAAAUACAUCAACUACAUAUGAGUUAAAUCUAUUAAGUCAGUGAUUUUCAAACUUUUUUCACCCAAGGCACAACUAGGGUUAAGCCAGAAUCUCAAGGCACACCAUAUUGAAAUCGAUAAUAAAUAGACUUUUUAAAUAAUGUUACA